AUGGAAAUAAAAAGGGCGAUCAACGAACACAGGGAGCCAGAUAAAAUAAUAUCUAGGAUUGCAACUAUUUCUCAAGAAAUUCUUCAAGCGAUAAUCAAGCCAAAUCGCUCUCUCACUUCUAAAGAUGCAUGGCUUCAAAUUGAGCGCUUAUUCCGUGAUCAAGUCAGUUCUCGAACACUUCAACUCAAAGUCCAAUUUCAUAAUCUUAAGAAAGGUAGUUUUUCCAUUAAUGAAUAUGUCCAUCGCCUAAAGUCGAUAGCUGAUGCCUUAACUUCCAUUGGAAAUCCUAUCUCUGAACCCGACCUUGUCCUCCAAAUACUCGCUGGCUUACCUCCUGAAUAUAUGUCUGUGAGCACCUCUAUCUCCACUCGUGUUCCUCUUCCUUCCUUUGUUGAGGCACGCUCCCUUCUAUUUCUCCAUGAAUCUCAAUUGAAGGCUUCUCAGUUCUUCUACGUAUAA